AUGAAGUUCUUCGCCACCGCUCUCCUCGCCAUCCCGGCUGUUCUGGGACUCGCUAUGCCCAACGGUGACUCCAGCGCGGCAUUGAUUAGCCCCAGAGCCGACAUCACUGGAUCUUCGACCUGGUACGGUGGUAACCUCGCUGGAGGAAACUGCAUGUUCUCGGCCUACACGCUCCCCUCUGGAAUCUAUGGCACUGCCUACUCUGGAGCCAAGUGGAGCAGCGCUGCCAACUGCGGUUCUUGCAUCCAGGUUACUGGCCCCAAGGGAACUAUCAAGGCUAUGAUUGUUGACCAGUGCCCUGAAUGCGCCGAGGGCCAUCUCGAUCUCUUCCCUGAUGCCUUUACAGCUGUUGGAGGCACCGACGGUGUUGUCAGCACUUCUUACAAGUUUAUUCCCUGUGGAAUCACCUCUCCCAUUUGGAUCCGCAACAAGGAAGGCACUUCUCAGUGGUGGUUCUCUAUGCAGGUCGUGAACCACAACCAGCCCAUCAAGAGUCUUGAGGUCAGCACCGACAGUGGCAAGACAUGGACAGCAACGACCCGCAAGGAUUACAACUUCUGGGAGAACCCCAACGGUUUCCGCGUCGAGACGACUCAAGUUAGAGUUACUGCCACCACUGGAAAGUCCAUUGUCAUCACCAACGUCGGUACCGCCGCCGGUGCUAAGUACUCUGCUACUUCCAACUUCUAG